AUGUCUAAACAGACCGUUAUCACUACAAGUGCUACGUCUAAACAGACCGGUACCAGUGCUACGUCUAAACAGACCGGUACCAGUGCUACAUCUAAACUGACUGGUACCAGUUCUGCGUGUAAACAAUUCGGUACUAGUACCGGUACCAGUGCUACGUCUAUACAGACUGGUACCAGUGCAACAUCUAAACAGACUGGUACUAGUGCUACGUCUAAACAGACCGGUACCAGUGCUACGUCAAAACAGACCGGUACCAGUGUUACGUCUAAACAGACCGGUACCAGUGCAACCUCUAAACAGACCGAUACCAGUGCUACGUCUAUACAGACUGGUACCAGUGCAACAUCUAAACAGACUGGUACCAGUGCAAAGUCUAAACAGACCGGUACUAGUGCAAAGUCUAAACAGACCGGUACUAUUGCUACGUCUAAACAGACCGGUACCAUUGCAACCUCUAAACAGACCGGUACCAGUGCUUCGUCUAUACAGACUGGUACCAUUGCUACAACUAAACAGACUGGUACCAGUGCAAAUUGUAAACAGACCGGUACUAGUUAUACGUCUAAACAGACCGGUACUAGUGCUACGUCUAAACAGACCGGUACCAUUGCAACAUCUAAACAGAUCAGUACCAGUUCUACGUCUAAACAGACCGGUACCAGUGCUACGUCUAAACAUACCAGUAUCAGUGCAACCUCUAAACAGACUGGUACAAGUGCUACGUCUAAACAGACUGGUACCAGUGCUACGUCUAAACAGACCGGUACCAGUGCUACGUCUAAACAGAUUGGUACCAAUGCUACGUCUAAACAGACUGGUACCAGUGCUACGUCUAAACAGACAAGUACCAGUGCUACAUCUAAACAGACCGUUACCAGUGCUGCGUCUAAACAGACCGAUACCAAUGCUACAUCUAAACAGACCGGUACCAAUGCUACGUCUAAAUAA